AUAAACAAAGAAUAAGUCAGCGCAGCCUCCUUGAUGACGCGGUCUUUCCAGAAUCUGUAGCGGAAUUGUACUGCACCCUCGGCGAGAUCGGUAUAAAUACACGACGGGAGGCUACGACCUGACAGAAAACUACUUAGUUGUGUAAUAAUAAUAAGCUCAAAGCCAACAUUCCAGACUCUGAACAAACAUGGCGAUGAUGAGAAGAGGAAAGAUUCCAAAAGAAGUCCAAUUCAUCUUUGACAAAUACGCCCACCAGAACGUGCGAAGUUUGAAGAAACCCGAUGCCAUCAACCUCCUGAAAAACGAGUUCAAUCUGAACGAUGCCGAGGCGACGUGUAUGUUCGACACAUUUGAUAAAGACCAGAACGAGAUCAUGAGUAUAUGGGAGUUCCAGCAGUUCUACGAGACCGUCGGGAAUGGUGCUGCAGAAAUGUUAAACAAAUUCCACGAGCUAGAUGCAGAUCGCAGUGGGAAACUCGAUCAACAAGAAGCUAAAGAGGGACUCGAACUCAUGACCACUGCCACUGGGCGAAAGUUAGAUCCGCGCGAAAUCGAAUUUUUCCUAAAAACCGCCUCUGAUGAGGAGGGAUUCAUUGACAUUGGAAAAUUCGUCAGUUUAUUCAAACGCCUGAAGGUAUACGACAGCCCAGCGCCCCCAAAGAACGCCAAGUGCCACGUGCUCGGGAGUGAUUGAAAAAUAAAAAUGAUUUUGACCAAUUGAGUUUCAAACAUUUACACAUAAUUUAAUGAAAUGAUGAUCAUUUGCGGACUUUUUUUCUUGUUUGUUUUUGUUUCUUCUUAAAACCUUUUUAUCAUUCGUUGUUUGAUUGAUACUUUUGUAUAAAUCUGCUUUUUAAUGUUAUCUUUAUUGAAACUAAGUACACGAUAAAUCGUAUUAAUUUCCUUAAGGAAUAUGUCUACAAUUUUGUGUUGUUGAACUUUUGCACUUUUUUACCAUGACAAAAAAAUGAAAAUAAAAUGUUGUGAACAGAU